GGAUUGUGGGAGAAUUCGGACAACAGCCAUUUUCGGGUCGCGACUGUCAUUCUUCGAACACGUUUCUCAAACUGAGAACGCGCCAGCGGUCCCGCACUCUCUCCAAAACAACUUCCGAGGAUGGAUCGGACGAUGUCGACUCACAUUGCAAACAGCGUUCCUGUAUUUUGAUCGCAACUCCUGUUGAAACCAACCGUCGCAAGACGAGAACAUUGACUAGGCUAAUUCGUGCCUGGCUCGAAUUCAUUAGCUAACCAGCAUUGCUAACAUCAUUGGUUACAAUGUAUUUCUUGGAAUUCGCAAGCUUUUAGAUGGAAGCGACAAUAUACAACCGGAUUUAAGCAAAGUGGUGUUUAUUGGGCUAUUUAUAUAGCUAGUUCAGAAGACUGAAUAACGUGUUAUCCGGAUCUUACCGGUGGGGCAACAGCAGGGGAGAGAAGUGUGUGUGAACCCGGGUUAUGUCCACCAUGGUGUACCCACGCAGUGAGGAGGCCCUGGAGCGCCUGACCCAGGAUGAGAUAGUGCUCAACACCAAGGCCGUGAUGCAGGGCCUGGAGACCCUCCGCGGGGAGCAUGCCCAGCUCCUCACCUCCCUGCUGGACUGCACACAGCCACCUGCUGCCCAGGAGAAGUCAGGCCUGCUGCGUAAAAGCCUGGAGGCCAUCGAACUUGGCCUGGGAGAGGCACAGGUGAUCAUUGCCCUGUCGGGCCACCUGAGUGCGGUGGAGUCUGAGAAGCAGAGGCUAAGAGCCCAGGUCAGACGACUGUGUCAGGAGAACCAGUGGUUACGAGACGAACUGGCAGGAACACAGAACAAGCUGCAGUGUAGUGAGCAGAGUGUUGCCCAGCUGGAGGAGGAGAAGAAACACCUGGAGUUCAUGAACCGGAUUAAGAAGUUUGACGACGACGUGUCUCCGUCUGAGGAGAAGGCUGCAGGGGAGACGUCUAAAGACAGCCUGGACGACCUGUUCCCCAAUGAUGACGACCAGGGACAAGCCCAGCCCAGUGGAGAGGUGGCUGCCCAGCAGGGUGGCUAUGAGAUCCCAGCCCGCCUGAGGACCCUCCACAACCUGGUGAUCCAGUACGCCUCCCAGGGGAGAUACGAGGUGGCCGUGCCCCUCUGCAAACAAGCCCUGGAGGACCUGGAGAAGACCUCUGGACACGACCACCCCGACGUGGCCACCAUGCUCAACAUACUGGCCCUCGUCUACAGGGACCAGAACAAGUACAAAGAGGCAGCCCACCUGCUGAACGAUGCCCUGGCCAUCAGAGAGAAGACCCUGGGGAAGGACCACCCUGCGGUGGCCGCCACUCUCAACAACCUGGCCGUGCUCUACGGGAAGAGGGGCAAGUACAAGGAGGCUGAGCCCCUCUGUAAGAGAGCCCUGGAGAUCAGAGAGAAGGUCCUGGGGAAGUACCACCCUGACGUGGCCAAGCAGCUGAACAACCUGGCCCUGCUGUGUCAGAACCAGGGAAAGUACGAGGAGGUGGAGUAUUAUUACAGACGAGCCCUGGAGAUCUACCAGUCCAAACUAGGAGCUGACGACCCCAACGUAGCCAAGACCAAGAACAACCUGGCUACAUGCUACCUCAAACAGGGGAAGUUCAAGGAUGCUGAGUCUCUGUACAAAGAGAUCCUGACCCGAGCACACGAGAAGGAGUUUGGCUCAGUCAACAAUGACAACAAACCUAUCUGGAUGCAUGCAGAGGAGAGAGAGGAGAGCAAGGGGAAGAGGAAGGAUGCUGUGCCCUAUGGAGAAUAUGGGAGCUGGUACAAGGCCUGCAAAGUUGACAGCCCAACGGUCAAUACCACUCUGAAGAGCUUGGGGGCACUGUACCGCAGACAGGGUAAACUAGAGGCAGCGGAGACACUGGAGGAGUGUGCUACAAAGACACGCAAGCAGGGUAUAGAUGCCAUUAACCAGAGUAAGGUUGUGGAGCUCCUGAAGGAUGGGGUCCCUGGAGGGGGGGAGCGACGGCAGAGUCGGGAGGGUUUUAAUGGUCCCCAGCGGGGGGACUGUGAGGGAGACGACGGAGCAGAGUGGAACGGGGAUGGUAAUGGUUCGUUGCGUCGGAGCGGCUCCUUCGGGAAGAUCCGUGACGCCCUGCGCAGGAGUAGUGAGAUGCUGGUGAAGAAACUACAGGGCAGUGGCCCCCAGGAGCCCCGCAACCCAGGGAUGACGAGAGCCAGCUCUCUCAACUUCCUCAACAAGAGUGCAGAAGACCCCUCACAGGAUGCCAACACAGGCCUAUCGGAAUGCAGAGGACUGAGCGCCAGCAACGUGGACUUGUCAAGACGCAGCUCCCUGAUUGGUUAAACAGACAGGAGGUGGGACUAGGAGGAGGAAGGGCCAAUGAGAAGAGACUGUUUUCCGUCCGAUGCGAUCAAAACACACUUCAGGUCCGACACUCGCAUUCAAGACAUAUUUUCUGAAGAAAAAUGAUCGAGAAAGACACGACUUGACAUGGCUUUUUGUGACACAGAAAUCUCUGUGUCGAUCUGCUUCACUGUAUACUUCGCUGGCAUCAAGCAAGUACAGAAAAAUAAUAUUCAACACGGCAUGCUGCUUACUAGAACAUGGAAUGUCUGCACUAAUUAUGGUGACUGAGGCAUAGCAUCGUAACAGAAUAGCGAGUCAUUAUUAUUGCAACAUGACAAAUGUCUAUCUUAACUGCCUACUUGGUGCAGACACUCGACCUUAGGUAGGCUAGUUCUAUUCUGAUUUCUAUCUUCGAGAAGCAUCACACUCAUAGAUUACUAGUGGCAUGAUUACUGCAAAUGCUAACAACCCAUUCAAUAGAUAUCACAGUGCUAGAGCGAUAGAAAUCAUAUAGGUUUUUAAGACGAGUUACAAGAGGUAUGAACUACAGCUGUAAGAAGCUUCAGCAAGGACAAAGACGGUACACAAUAUUUUUGGGAUGAUGUAAAUAAUCAGAGGACGUCUGUGUUUUAAACAUCAAAUGGGAGAAAAACAGCACUGACCAGGUCAACCUCACUUUUUUGCCUUCUGAAUUUUUGUUAUGUAUAUACUGGCUUAAGUUAUUUAAUAUGUCUUUCUUUGUAUAUAGCACACAGACAGUUUUUGUUUACACUUGUUAGAGCAUAGGAGGACCUUCGUUGGGGAGACAGACGCUGGAAGAAUGUAGUCAGACAAGUGAAGAGAAACAGGGAGAAUAUAUACUCACUGGCCAGUUUAUUAGAUUACCCAUCUAGUACUGUGUCGGACCCCCCCUUUGCCUCCAGAACAGCCUGAAUUCUUCGGGGCAUUCUACAAGGUGUCGGAAACGUUCCACAGGGAUGUUGGUCCGUGCUGACACGAUGGCAUCAUGCAGUUGCUGCAGAUUGGACGGGGGUACAUUCAUGCUGCGAGCGGCCCGUUCCAUCUCAUCCCAAAGAUGCUCUAUUGCAGAGGUAGGCAACCCUGUUCCUGAAGUUCCUGAGGUACUGCAGGAUUUUUAUUCAACUAGGCACCACCCCUGACCAAGCUAAUUGAUCAGUUCAGUGAUUGCCCAAAUUCAACAGACCUGGUCUUCCAGGUCAGUUAAAUCAAAAUAUAAAA